AGAGAUGUGUGGUUUCGAGCUCAGCAUUAGAGUGACGUCAUCAAGAAUGGACGGAAAAACUUUCUGUGUUGGUGGCAGAUGGUUUUUCCGUUUGUUAGCUGUGAAAUAAUUCAACCAUGACCACUGAAGGUCCUGAAAAAUCGGCAGAGGAGGGUGCUGGAGCCGCGAGUGGGGCAGCCAGCGCGAGCACGGGAACCCGCUUUGACCUCGAGAAAGAGACGGAACUUCGAUUUGAGGUGGAGGCGGGGGAACGAGUACAGCUAGAACUCCUCUCUGGGUUAGCCGAAAUAUUUGGCUCUGAACUCAACAGGAACAAGAAAUACUCAUUUGGUCCAGGUUCGAAAAUCGCUGUCUUCACUUGGCAAGGCUGCAGCGUAUCCCUCUCUGGGAAGACAGAGGUUGCCUAUAUUUCCAGAGACACCCCGAUGCUUCUGUAUCUUAACACCCAUGCUGCAUUGGAACAGAUGAGGCAACAGGCUGAGCGGGAUAACGAGAGAGGCCCACGGGUUAUGGUGGUGGGUCCCACAGACGUGGGGAAAUCAACAGUGUGUCGUCUGCUGCUGAACUACGCUGUGAGGCUGGGCAGAAGACCGACCUUAGUAGAACUGGAUGUGGGCCAAAGUGGUGUCUCAGUGCCAGGCACGAUGUCGGCUCUGUGCAUUGAGCGCCCAGCUGAUGUAGAGGAAGGCUUCUCAGUCCAGGCUCCACUGGUCUAUCACUUUGGUUCCACGACCCCUGGAACCAACAUCAAACUCUAUAAUAAGCUGACAUCCACCCUAGCUGAGGUGUUCUCGCAGCGCUGUGAGGUCAACCGGAAGGCGAGUGUGGGCGGCUGCAUCAUCAACACCUGCGGCUGGGUGAAGGGCUCAGGCUACCAGGCACUGGUACAUUGCGCUUCGGCCUUCCAGGUGGAUGUGGUCCUGGUGCUGGACCAGGAGCGGUUGUACAACGAACUGAAGCGUGACUUGCCCCACUUUGUGCGCGUGGUGCUGCUCCCCAAGUCGGGCGGCGUGGUGGAGCGAUCGAAGGACUGCCGGCGGGAGUCGCGCGACGAGAAGAUCCGCGAGUAUUUCUACGGCUUCCGCGGCACCUCGUUCUACCCGCACGCGUUUGACGUGCGCUUCGCCGACGUGCGCAUCUACAAGAUCGGCGCGCCGUCCAUCCCAGACUCGUGCCUGCCGUUGGGGAUGUCACAGGAUGACACACAGCUCAAGCUGGUCCCGGUGAGUCCAGGCCGAGACCUGACGCACCACGUCCUGAGCGUGAGCUGCGCUGAGGAUGACACGGGCGACGGAAGCUCAGCGAGGGGCAGAGGGGUGCUGGAGAACCCCGUUUGUGGCUUUAUUGUGGUGACUGCAGUAGACACACAGGCUCAAGUGAUGACGGUGCUUUCACCUGCACCCAGACCCCUGCCAAGGCAUACGCUGCUGAUAAUGGACAUUCGCUUCAUUGACCUCAAGUAGAAACAAAGCAGAUAAGGGGUACCCGCUGUGCACCAGGUGGAAAAGAUUUACACCCACAUUGGGACCACUUUAUGUUCAUAUCUUAAGUCAAGCAAUCCUUAACUUGUGUUAAAUAUUCCAUGCCGCAAAUGUUGCAGGUUGUCGUGCUACUCCAAACAUUUGUUCAGCAUUCACCAUUCUUUACAAAUAUUUGGUUUUAUUAAAAUAUUUUAAUUAUU